AUUAUGUAACCUCAACAGUUCAGGUAGAUUCAUUUUAGUGAGGGCAAGUGGAGAUGUCGUAAAACAUUUCGGGCUCCAGGUGGGCGCAGAUAGGGGAGGAAAAUGACCCCGUUCGUUUGGUUUUGAAUCCACUGAGACCGAUGCAGACUCUCGGGAUCCGGUUAGAAAUGCGGAGAAUAAUUUGCCACAGAUUCCUCUGCAUAGUGGAGGCACUAUCACAGACCACGUGAGAGGAAUAUUCACUGACGGUCCCCGACGGACCGCUCCAUCUCUGCUGGCGCUCCUCUGCUGCUGACAUGGACUCUUGGACACUGGGCGCUCCCAGCUUCCCAGAAACGGGCACGGGGAGAGGGCGAUGGUCUGUCUGAAUGUAACCUUUGAUCUCUUGUCGUUUUUCUUUCUUUUUGUUUGAUUUUUUCCUUCUUCUAAAUAGUCUAAUAGUCGGGGAGUAUGGCUUGGCCGUGCAUCAGCAGAGUGUGCUGCUUGGCUCGCUUCUGGAACCAGUUCGACAAAUCGGACCUCUCUGUCCCGCUCACCAUCCAGAACUACUCGGACAUCGCCGAGCAGGAGGUGCGGUCCGUCACCAAGCAGGUCUCCGCCUUGGAGCGCGCACCCGGGAAUAACUACUCAACUCCAGACCUGCGUACCGCCGGUUCCCCCCAGGCGCCUAGAGAUGGCCCGGCGACCCGAGGAUCUUUCAGGGCACGAAAGGAGCCCAGCUACAAGCCCCGGGAGGGCUACCACCCUCCAGGAGUGCCCUUCCCUAGUAUGACCCAGUACAAACAGGAUUUCAAACCCUGGCCCAUUCCCAGGAAGGAGAAUUUUCCUUGGAUUAGUAACGGGGGGAGCAAGGGUUACAGUGUUUCGGACAGCCCGGGGAACACUUACCACAGCCAGGCACCCCUGGGGGAGAGAGAGGAGCGAGGCAGGGGGCAGAGGUCGGUGGAGCAGCAGGUGAUGGGGGAGAGCAAGAUCAGCUCCUACAGGCAAGAGUACAGACCAUGGACAGGGGUGAAACCAGCCAAAAGUGCAAGGAAAAACCCUCCAGCUCAAUAUUCCAGCCCAGGGACCGAGGCCACCCAUAUCCUGUGUGAGACCAGCUACCAGGCUGCCUACAGCGGGGAGGUCCACAGGUCCAUAGGGCCGCAUCGGGGGGAACAAUUCAUCCCAUCUGUUGCCUCCAACAAGCAACCCACUGGUGUCCCCCAGCCAACCCCCACUGCCCUGCAGGCUGGUAGGUCACGGAGCCCCUCCACUUUCAAGCAGAUCAUCUCACCUGCGAUGACCGAGCUCAGUGGAACGACCAAGGCAGAGGAGCAUCUGGUGAGGACCAAGCUCUCUCCAAACCCUUCUGCUGUCUUUCAAAGUGGAUCGAAAGUCUUCAACAUCUAACAGAUCCUCAAACUUCCAGCCAUUCUACUUUGAUCGGUUUCAACAGGGGAAUGUCUUCAGUCCAUUCCACAACACAAGAAUCUAUGCAAGGGAAUGUAUGUUGUGAAACUGCAGCAUUCGUAUCCCAGGUGGAGAAAGAUGGCCACCCCCACUUUUACACUGCUCCCUGCCCUCCAUUGAUAUUGAAAUGAAUGUGCAUGUAACAAAAGUUUUGAAACAAGCAUUCUUUGUUUUGCGGUUGGAGACGCACAAGAAACUGGCUGCUGUGUGUGUCUGGAUUUGUGAACCUGCUGAUUUGUCCUUUUAUUGUACAUCAUUUUGACUCUGCUCUAAUCAUGAAUGACAACGUGUAAGCUUACAGUACUGUGUUGCCCUUAGGUGUUGCUAGGAAUAUGCUUGGAAAUGCUCUUUCCUCAGUAUUCUGUUAGUUGACUAUUUUGGAACAGAAUUGUUUGAUCUUAUUUUGAAAUUCUGUUGUUAGAGAAAAAGAGCAAACAUUGCAAAUAAAUAAUGUAA